AUGAAGCAGCAGCAGCAGCAGCUGCUGCUCGUAGAGCAGCAGCAGCAACAGAAGCUGCUGCUUUUAGAGCAGCAGCAGCAGCUGCAGCAGCAGCAGCAACAGCAGCUGCUACUUACACAGCAGCAACAGCAACAGCAAUCGCGGCAGCAGCUGCAGCAGCAACACCAGCUGCAGGAACAGCAGCAGCUGGUGCAGCAGCAGCAGCUGGUGCAGCAACAGCUGGUGCAGCAGCAGCAGCUGCAGCAGCAGCAGCAGCAGCAGCAGCAGCAGCAGCAGCCACGCUCCCGUGUAAUUGUCUUUGACCGUAGGCCCCCAACAGCAGCAGCUGACGCAUGCAGCAGCACAGGCUGUACGUACACCCCAAGGAGGCCCUCGUGCAGCAGUUCCAAAGUAAAUACCCCCACAGCAGCAGCAGCAGCAGCAGCAGCAGCAGCAGCAGCAGCAGCAAGCCCUAGGCAAGACCUUCCGUGGGGCCCCCCAGGAGUACCGACGUGGGCCCCCCUAGGGGCCCCCAUGAGGGUCCCUUCCAAGAGCCCCUUGGGGGACUUCCUGGGGGCCCCCAUGAGGGGCCCCUUAGGGGGGCCCCUGGGGGCCCCUCUGGGGGUACCCCCGGGGGCCCCCGUGGUGGGCCCCCCUGGGGGCCCCCCGGGGGGCCCUCCUGGGGGCCCCCUGGGGGGCCCUCUGGGAGGCCCUUUCAGGGAGCUUUUGGGGGGCCCCCUGGCGGGGCCCCUGGGGGGCCCCCUUGGAGCUCUCCUCAUUCCUGAGUUUGGGAUGGAGUCCCCUGAUGCGUCGCCUGCAGAUGACUGCGACUUGCGCAGCAUUGCUACCUGCAGCAGAGACCACAGCCCCGCACAGAAGCUGCAGCAGCAGCAGCAGCAGCAGCAGCAGCAGCCGCUCCUGCAGCUGCUGCAGCUGUACGCUCCAGCUGGCAGCAGCAAAACCCAACUCUUGCAGGGGGCCCCCAAGGAGCCGUUUAGGGGGCCCCCCAUUGCCUGUACAGCUACUCUGAGGGCCCAAGAAAACGAGUUAGUACCCUGUGGCUAUGAGGGGCCCCCUAGGGGGCCCCUCGGGGGCCCUGGGGGCCCCUCAGGGGGCCCCGGGGCUCCUCAGGACCCCUGGGGGCCCCUGAGGGGCCCCCAGGGGCCUCCUUGCCCUUGGGGGCCCCUUUGGGACCCCCAAGGGGCCCCCUGCCCUUGGGGGGCCCCCCAGGGGCCCCCAGGGGCCCCCGGGGGCCCUAAAACUGGUUUGUAG